AUGUCUUUCGACGACUACGAAUGGAGCGGCAAUAACCCUCUUGACAUUAACUUCGUCUCACCUCAGAGUCUGAUGUUAACCAAUCAACCCGAAAUUUCAAGUAUGGUUAUCGAUAAGACAAACAUGUUCAAGGCCUGUUUACUAGUUCCCGGUGGCCGCUACUGUCUGUCUCUUAUCAACAAGCCAGUGCCCACCGCCGCAACCAUCAUAAAUGGCGAACACGAAGCCAACAUGCGCGCCUACCAAGAGAACCUCGAAUACGUGGUCAUCGUCCCGCGCCUCCCGCAGAACUCGCACAUAACAUUUACCGAUACCAUCGUGUUCAGCGUCAAGGGAAAGCCGGGCAUCUACCUCCACAAGCUCGAUACCGUGCGCAUCGACCACCCGGACGAUCCGGUUUUUAAGGACAGGGGCUGGAAGCGCACACGUGUGGAAAUCGAUUGGCCUGGUGUUGAGCGCAUCGGACGCCUGAGCAACCUGCCUUGCAGCCCUGGGCAGGGGUUCUAUACUCGUCAAGAGGUCGCGCUUGAGGUCGGCAGACAAGUGCGCGAAGUCCUCUUACCGCACACCGUCGUGAAACAUAACUAUUCAUGCCAAGCACUUAACAAGCGCAAUCGCCUCUGGGACAUCCGUCACAUCGACUACCGCUCCGUGCGGCUGCUGGGGAUAAACUACUAUCAAAACUGGGUCCCCGUCCUUGCGAUCGAUGAUCCGGAUAACGCUAUCGGUGCUCGUCUCUAA